UCAUGAAGGCACAAGUCUUCUGUUGACUCUAUGGUUGAAAAUGGGAGAAUCGAACAGUUGUGGUAGUAAUACGUCUAAUAAACGUUCUUUCGCCGAAUAUGAAACAAAAGAAACAAGAUCGAAGUGCUGCAGCCUAACAAUAAAUGGUGUUAUAAUUAUUGCAAAUGUCACCUGACUUUCGAAGUUUAUGAUCAUAACCUAUAGGAUCUCAAAAGAUCCCUGCGGCACAGACUCUAUCAUGACGUAAUUUUCAUGCGACGCUUGAGACUCGUGUACAGAAGGGGUUCGUACCGUACCACAUGUUAGCCAUUGGGAAGAUGGCGCCUGUGGUGCAAGAACCAGAGAUACAGUUUGCUCAGAGAUUAGCUUCCAACGAGAAGCCCAUCCGGACCAAAGCAAUAAAAAAACUAAGGAAGUACUUAAGUGUGAGGUCGCAGAAACCCGAUGGUGGAUUCACUGUUGAAGAACUGUUGAAAAUAUGGAAGGGGCUCUUUUAUUGCCUGUGGAUGCAAGAUAAACCACUACUGCAGGAGGACCUGUCCGCCCAGAUAUCAAACCUGAUCCACUCACUGCACGAUGUCGAUGUCCAGUUUUUGUUCCUGGAGAGCUUUCUGAAGACCAUGAACAGGGAGUGGAACGGUAUAGACGGACUCCGCAUGGAUAAGUUCUACAUGCUGGUGCGUUUCGUAUUCAGGCAGGCGUUUGAACUGCUGAAGAGGCGGCUUUGGGACACUGGUCUAGUGCAGAGGUUUGUCGAGUUGCUGUUUGACCACGUGCUCCGAAGCACCAGUGACUGCCCCUCAGGAGUGCAGUUCCACGUCCUGGACAUCUAUAUGACAGAACUGGCCAGGGUCGGAGCCAAAGAGCUCACGGCCCAGCAGAACCUGACGUUCAUUGAUCCGUUCCUUAGAACGGCAGCAAAAUCAAAGAAUCAUAUGUUAGUACAGGCCAUCUGUAGCACCAUGUUCCAAGAGAUUGUUGACCAUGCCCCCUUUGCCAUCGAGGACCUCCUAAAUGAGAUUCAGGGAAGAGGUGGAACAGGGGAGGAUGAUUCGGGUCAGGCCUCUGGUGAUGAGGAGGAUGAAGAGGGGUGUGAGAUUGACGCUGUCCCACAAAGCUCUAAGAAAGCUAAAGUCAAACAUGUUAAUGGUGUCCCUGCUAGUGAAGCGGAUGAGCUGUCUGACUUUGAGGAGGGUGACUCUCUCCUGCCGGAGAAUGAGGACAACAUUGGGCCUGUGCUUCAGUUUGACUACAAGGCACUGGCGGACAGGCUGCUUGAGCUAUCCGGUCGCAGCAACACGCUUGCCUUCAACAGGAAGAAGCUCUACAGAGCAGUGAAGACGUUUCGAGAUCUCAGUGAAGGUGUGUUCCCCCAGGAUGAGUACCCAGAGGAGGUCUCCACAGAUGAAGAUGAUGACGAGAUGUUUGGGAGCCGGCGGAGAUUAAAGAAGAGGAAGAUGAGUUGGAUCAAUGAGGAAGACGUGGAUGAAGGCCCCAAGGCCAAGAAAGGCAAAGGCAAAAAGAAAGAAAAGGAGAUUCCGGUCAAGCAGAAAAAAGGCUCUGUGGAAGGAGAGACUACAGGGGACGAGGGGAAGACUGAUUCUAUGGCCAAGAAAAAGAAGAAAAGGAGGAAGAAGAAGAACAAAGGGGCGGAGACAGGAGAUCCUUCAGCGGACGGGUCAGAGCAGAACAGUGGUUCAGCCCAGGGGGUUCCAGAAGCAGAAGAGGGCUUUCAGGUGGUGAGGGAGGGUCAGUCAGAACAUUGUAUGGCAGACAAAAGGACAGACCCAGCUGUGCCAGAAAGGGGGGGACAAGGUGGUGCCACUGUGACAAACCAGAAGGGGAAAAGGCAGAAGAUCAACUCCGGUGUGAAAAUGUCAGAUGGCCUGGUUCAGGAUGAUGUGACGACGGCAGAACGCCAGGUGGUGGAGGAGACUGCGGCCACAUUAGAAGCCCAGACCGCUGCCAGCAUGCCUGGCCAGAAGAAGAAGAAGCAGAGGAAGAGGAAGAGGAGGAACAGCUCUUUGGCAGAGGAGCCCAAGAGCCCACUGGGGCUGGAACCUCCCACAGCCCUGAAGGGGGGAGAACAAGACAGCCCAGUGACAAAAAGCAGGGGGGCAGAGGAGACAGGGCCAGAAACCGCAAAUGGAACGGCUACUUCCCAGGGGGCCAAUGAGAAAAGGAAGAAGAAGAAAAGGAUGAAAGAGACGUCCGUGAAAUGUGAGAGGCGGCAGGUAGCCGAUGGCCUCUGCGUAAGUGGUGUGUGUGCAGACAGGCAGCCUGCAGCAGAGAGCCUAGUUCCGAAGAUGAAGAAGGCGGCAGCAGAGGUUACCGUGUGGACUGAGGAACAGUCAGGCCAGACCAAUGGUCAUGUGGAGGGGGCGGGCACCAGUGCCCCCACGGCGGCCAGUGAUGCUGGCCCAGGCAGAACUAAAAAAGCCCUUAAGAAGAAAGCAAAUGGGGCCAAGUCAGAUUUUGUCAAGUUUCAAAGUGGUGCUGCGCCAGUUCCUCUCUUCUGCAGGAAGAGCAAAGGAGGCCGAGCCACGUCCACCAAGCAGGUGAUGCGGACGCCGCUGUCUGAAUCUAAGAAGGUCACUUUUGGGCUGAAGAACAACAAGACCGCAGAGUUCAGGAAGACGGACCGCAGCCUAUUGGUGAGCCCCGACGGCUCAUCCCGAGUGCCUUUUGACCCCAAGCAAAAGCCACGGUUUGGAGUGUUGAAGUCACCAGUGGUAGCUCAGGCUAAGAAAAUCAGCAGCAGUGCCACCCAGAGGAGACCUUGUGCAGCUGAUUUUUUUUAAGGACCUUUUUGCAGAGAAUUCCAAAAACCUGAUGUCGAUCUACAGAAUGACUGAGUAAUAUGGACUUGUUUUGGCUGAAAACGGUUGUUCUAUGAGCUUUUCUAUAUUCAAAAUAAGUGCUAGAUUAAAAUUCUUCUGCAGAAGAAUCUGGGAGUGUGUUCUGGUUGAGCAUUGCAAUCUUUCCCUACUCCUGUAAAUAAUACAUUAUUUAGUCACAUUUUUUGCUAUACGUUUCAUCCAUAAGUUGGUUAGACUCACAAGAGAGUCACUGCUGUUAUACCCCUCAGAUGUGGUUUGUAAUGUUAGGAGAGCAUAAUGACAGAGUGUUUUUAUGUAGCAAUUGUGUAUCUUGCUGACCCAGUUCUCUGUUCUUCCUUGUUUUUAUGCCAUUGGAGAAUGCAAUUAGCGUUUGAGCUUAAACAGUAUUAAUUUCAACAAAUUUUAAUAGAAAUUGAGAUAGUGGAUACAAUCAUUCAUCUAUUCAUCCAAAGAGAGCGUGUAAAUUACCUACCUAAGGCUACUAAACCAGCCCACAUUCUGUACAUGACUAUGAAUGCAGAUAGACAAGUAAAGAUUUUUCUUAAUUA